AUGGACGUCCACCGCUGUCGCUUCGUUCCCUACCAGCCCUCUCCCAUCAACGCCGUUGCCUUUUCCCACGCGACAGCCUCCAAGAACGCCCCCGUCCGUCUGGCGAUAGGUCAUGCGAAUGGCAACAUCUCGAUAUGGAACCCCAUGAAUGGCCUGUGGCAUCAGGAGAUUACUCUGCACGGAGGAAAGGACCGAAUCAUUGACAGCCUCGUGUGGGUCACGGAACCCGACCACAAGUUGCAGGACGGCACCAAGAUCCUUGGAAAAUCGAGACUCUUCUCCAUCGGCUAUACCACCACCAUCACCGAAUGGGACCUCGAGAAAGGUCGCCCCAAGAAACAGGCCAGCGGAAUCCAUGGCGACAUCUGGUGCCUCGCCGUUCAACCAUUCGUCGUACCGUCAAAGGAUGGCGACAAGGGCAAGUCCAAGGUCGCCCAGAGCGGGACGAAGCUUGUCGCUGGGACUAUAGACGGAAGCCUCGUGCUCUACUCGAUCGAUGACGACGACCUCCGAUUCGACCGCAUCCUUACCAAGUCCUCGUCCAAGAAGACCAAGAUGACAAGCAUUGCUUUCCAGUCCCGGCAUGUCGCGGUCGUAGGCUGUUCCGACAGCUCAAUACGAGUCUACAAUAUGCACAACGGCAGCAUUUUGAGGAAAAUGACAUUGGGGUCAGAUAUUGCCGGUGGCGCCAAGGAGAUCAUAGUUUGGUCUGUGAAAUGUCUCCAGUCAGGAGAUAUAGUUACUGGUGACUCGACUGGGCAGGUGUGCAUUUGGGACGGCGUCACCUAUACUCAGGCCCAGAGGCUUCAGAGUCACAACCAGGAUGUCCUGUCUCUUGCGACGAGCGCAGACGGUUCAACUAUCGUCAGCGGUGGGAUGGAUCGGAAAACCGUGCUUUAUAGGAAGAUCUCAGGUUCCGGUUCACGAUGGGGCAAGGUGUGGCAUCGGAGGUAUCACAGCCAUGAUGUCAAAACUAUGGCCACAUUCGAAGGGCUCGGCAUGAGCGUCAUCGUCUCGGGAGGACCUGAUGCCAGCCCCAUUGUGGUGCCCUUGCAAAUGGCCGGCAUGCAGGAACAUCGAGCGCUAUCACAUCUGCCCCAGAACCCGCCGCUGCAAAGCGCUUGUAAGAGCAGGCUGAUAGUGGGCUGGUGGGACCGUGAAGUACAUGUGUGGCGUCUCAGAAGACCAUUUGAGAGCCUCGUCAACGCCUCUGACGGUGAACCAGGAAUCGCCAAGAACCGGAAAUUAUUGGCGCGAAUACUGAUAAAGGGCGAAGCAAACAUCACCUCGGCAGCGAUAAGCGGCGAUGGGCGGUUGUUGGUUGUGUCAACAACAUCCGACGUUAAGGCUUUCCAUCUCAAAACUCGAGAUGAGGCCAGGCGAGAUGAUCUCAAGAUAUCCAAGAUCGACCUACCCGAGAAGGUCACUGCGCAAGGCGCGACAAGCGUUCAGAUCUCCCCAGAUAGCUGUUGGUUGUGUCUCAUACAAGAAGGAACGAAAAUUUCCCUCAUGUCAAUAUCUCAAGACGCCGACUCCUCGAGCAAGCCAACAAUUCACCCUAAGGCGAUCCGAUUACAACGCAUUGGGCGAAAGCUGUCCAAACAGUCUUCUCUCGGCGGUCUCGGACAAUAUGACAGAGCGGUUUCCCACAUUGCAUUUUCUCCAGAUAGCAAGAUGCUUGCAGUAGCGGACCUGGCAGGUUGGUUGGAUACCUGGGUCUUUGGUCAAACACAGCCGAGGAUCCAGAAUAACACGAACGGCACCCACGAUGACGCCUCAUCCAGUGGGAGUUCGUCUAGCAGCGACGAUGAUGAUGAGGACAAAAGAGGAGAUGCAGUCUCGGCCCCCGGUUCUAGGUGGAAUCGCAAUCCAAAUGGGUCCCUAUUACCGAGACUCAAUUCUGCACCCACAGUACUAUCCUUUUCCAAUCACAUUCCGUCGGCCAAUGCUUCCACAGACGACGAAGAUACGCGGGACGACUACCUUCUCCUUACGAUCACUGCUAGACCGCAGAUACUACUAGUUCACCCCAGCCUUGGCUCCAUCAGCCCGUGGUCCAGGCGGAAUCCGAUAUCGAGGUUCCCGGUUGAAUUUCGAGACACACGUGACCUUGUGAAGGGGGCAAUUUGGUCAGGCGAUCGGGUCUGGUUGUACGGCAACACAUUCCUCUUCAUGUUCGACAUGGCGCAAGAUUUGGUCGAGCCAGCCACCACUGGUCCCUCAGCGGGCAUGGAGCUGGCGAGGCAAGGGAGAAAGCGGAAGAGAGGGCCCGACAGCGGUGCUGGUAGCAAAAUGGAAAAGGGUGCGGUCGGGCCAACGAAGGUCACACGUCAUGUACAAGGUCAAGCCGCUGAAGAGUUCUCUCUUGACGGCCCCGUAUUCGAUCCCAUGGAGGAAGACGAGACCAGUCAAGCUCCGGAAGAGAGUGAGAGCGAAGACUCGGAUGAUGAACGUCAGGGGGAGCUGGCACUUCUCCGAGGUGCUCAAGGCAAACCACCGUCUGAAUCAGUCCCUGGUCGUGGCGUCGCUUUUUGGCAUACCUACAAAUAUCGACCGAUCUUAGGGAUCGUCCCCCUCGAUUCCGGGUUAGAGGACCAGGGCGAAGGGGACGGCAAGACUCUUGCUUUGAAUGGAACGUCACAAAAGUCACUGGAAGUGGCGCUGAUUGAGCGGCCGUUGUGGGAGGUCGACAUGCCUGACCGAUACUACGGAGACGGCGAGACAGUGAGGUGA